CGCCCACCAGCUCGCUCAACUCCCGCCCAUUGCUAGCCAUGUCGCUGAACCCCGAGCCCUCUGCGCCUGAGGAGCGCGCUGAGCGCGACCUGCCGCCCAAGUCGUACGCUGACGCUGCCGAAGAGGCCCUCCACCCGGGCCCACAAUCACAUGCCAACGGCAAGAAUAAUGAGGUAAAACCCAAUGGCAUCCCGCAUGCACAAGAAGAGGACCAGACGUUCCACGAGGGCAUUGGCCAGGACGGCACGCCCAGGAGCCCGACAGCAAAAGGCCAUCGUCGUGUGUCGUCGCGCAGCUCUCAACACACGCCCGGCCACAAACAGGACAGCCACCCGCCCAAAGCCAUGUUUGAGAGUCAUACAAAUGGUAACGGCCAUGCGCUGACCAGUGUAAAGCCGCGGCAGGAUAUUGAACUCGCCAAGAAGGACAGAAGAAUCGACCGCAAGCGCAGGGACUCGGAGCUCACCACGGGACGGCAGGCUGGCGCAGGAUGGUCCAAGAGCAAAAUACGAUUUGCGCCUAUGAACAUACCCUUGCAGCGCCGCCUCCAGACCCUCGCCGUGCUCAUGCACACGCUCAGCAUCGUCGGAAGUCUCGCCAUCUUCUUCUUCCUGUGCAGCAUACCGCUGCUCUGGCCCAUUCUCCUCCCGUAUACCGUGUACGUGCUCUUCUCCAACGCGGGAACGUCGGGAGAGCUCUCUCUGCGGAGCGAUUGGUUUCGCCGACUACCCGUCUGGUCGCUCUUCGCAUCCUACUUUCCGGCCCGUCUACACCGUUCGCAGGAGUUGGAGCCAACGAGAAAGUACAUUUUUGGUUACCACCCACAUGGAAUCAUCUCACACGGUGCUUUUGCUGCCUUUGCCACGGAAGCUCUAGGCUUCUCGCAGCUGUUCCCUGGUAUCACUAAUGCUCUGCUGACUCUUGACUCUAACUUUCGCUACCCAAUUUAUCGCGAGUAUGCGCUCCGCCUCGGCAUGGCUUCUGUAUCCCGCGAGUCGUGCGAGAACAUCCUUUCCAAGGGAGGCCCCAACAACGAAGGUAUGGGCCGCGCCAUUACCAUUGUCGUCGGAGGUGCCCGUGAAUCUCUCGAUGCUCGCCCCGGAACCGUCAAGCUCGUUCUCCGUCGCCGCAAGGGCUUCGUCAAGAUGGCUAUUCGCACCGGUGCCGAUCUCGUACCUGUCCUUGCGUUUGGCGAAAACGACAUCUACGACCAAGUCGAUACCGAGUCGCAUCCCUACAUCCACAAAUUCCAGAUGCUGGUCAAGAAGUUUAUGGGUUUCACGGUGCCGAUAUUCCACGCUCGAGGCAUCUUUAACUACGAUGUCGGAAUGAUGCCUUAUCGCAGACCAAUCAACAUUGUUGUUGGACGCCCAAUCAGGGUGGUUCAAGACCAACAUCCCGAUAACGACUACAUCGACAAAGUCCACCAGCAGUAUGUCGAUGAGCUGAUGCGUAUUUGGAACGAGCACAAGGAUACGUUUGCCAAGCACAGGACAGGCGAGUUGGAGAUUGUCGAGUAAUAAGUUUGUGUGCGCGAUGUUGUUUUCAUCACUUUUUCUUUGUAGGUAUAAUUUCUAUGGUGGACCCUUUUUUUUGAAAGUGGUAUGCGGAGACUGGGCUGGGACACACGCGAAUAUCCAUUAGUCUUGUUAAUCAGACAGACGUGUAUGCGGUAUCAUGCUGAAGGAUAGAUGAAUUACACAACCGC